AUGUCAAUCCCAACCUACCUGCAACUCGAACUCUCCUCACAACGACCUUCAGAGUUCUACCUACACCGGUCUUCUAGCGGCGACUUCCCAUACGAGUCUUCGCGGGCUAAACUUGAGAGAUUGGUCAAUUUCCUGCUGCUUCCUCCACAUCUUGAAAGCGUACUCUGGUUUGGCAUGCUUGCAUGUCUCGACUCCUGGCUCUACACUUUUACGAUACUACCGCUUAGGCUCCUCAGGUCGGUCUACCUUCUUGCGAAAUCGUGGGCUAUCAAUCUACUGACGGAGGUUCGCUUCGUCUCAAAGUUUGUGUACAAUGGCGCUGGGAGAAUGUGGGAACGGCGUCGUCGAAGCAGCGUGCUGCAAAACUCGGUGCGAACAGUACCUCAGCCCAGCCCAGGGGAUACCAAAUUAUCACAGAAUGGGCCGACUCACAAUCGCAAGCAUGCAAAAGAUCAUCGCAGAUCUAAGUCUAUCCCGUCCACUUUGUUACCAGAUAACAAGGCGGACAUGCUAAAGGGACUACUAAUCAUAAGUACAUGUCUCAUCCUGCUAAAGCUCGAUGCCAGCCGUAUGUACCACUGGAUUCGAGGGCAGGCCGCAAUCAAACUAUACGUCAUUUACAACCUCCUCGAAGUCUGCGAUCGCCUCCUCUCGGCCAUAGGUCAGGACGUCCUAGAGUGUCUGUUUUCUAGAGAAACACUCGAGCGCAAACCGGACGGUCACAGCAAGGUUCUCCGACCAUUUUGGUUGUUCAUCCUUGCUCUUAUCUAUACCAUUAUUCAUUCCACGGCUUUAUUUUACCAGGUGAUCACUCUUAAUGUAGCCGUCAACUCUUACUCGAAUGCGCUCAUCACUCUGCUCCUAUCCAACCAAUUCGUCGAGAUCAAGUCUACGGUGUUCAAGAAAUUCGAAAAGGAGAACCUCUUUCAAUUGACUUGUGCGGACAUUGUCGAACGAUUUCAACUCUGGCAUAUGCUUAUUAUAAUUGCCUCUCGCAACAUCGUGGAAACAGGUGGUCUGACCGCCGGAUUGAACGCGCUGCUAGGAUCUUCAUCGGCGACGGCGGUGGCUCCAUUGGCCAGUAACAGCAGCAUGCCCUUGAUGAGUGCCCUGCCACCAAAGUCGUCAAGUUCGAUCCUUCCUCUGUCCUUUACUCUGGUGCCUGCGGUGGUGAAUUCGAUAACAUCGUACGCACCCGCAGUCAGCCAGAUCCUAGGACCAUUUCUGGCUGUUCUGGGUUCUGAAAUGUUGGUGGACUGGAUCAAGCACGCCUACAUCAAUAAGUUUAACAAUACCCGUCCGUCGAUCUAUGAUCGUUUUCUGGACGUCCUUGCUAAGGAUUAUUAUACCAAUGCUUUUGGCGAUCAAAACUUGACAAAACGGUUGGGGCUCCCUGUCAUUCCUUUGAGUUGUCUCCUCAUCCGGGCCAGCGUUCAAACCUAUCAAAUGUUCAAGGCAGCCUGGGUACCUUCGACGCUCCCUACCUCAUCGAACAGUCUUGCAAGUAUCCACGAACACUAUUCAUCAGUCAGAUCGACGAUGCCAUUGACAACAGGCACGGUAAUCUCCAGGACCGUCGACGACCUCAUCAACGCCAUUCCAGCAGUCAUUACCGGCUCCCGCGUUGUCACUCACCUGACCACCGUCUUAAUGGUUCUCAUGAUCUUCUUGAUAUUAUUGGCUUGCAAGCUUGUCCUCGGGAUGAUGCUGCUAGCCUUCGCGAGGUAUCGGUACCAUUCAAUGAAACUACGCGAGAGGGAUCCGAUACAUCAAGUGGAGGGGGGCCGGCGCGUUGGCGGGUGGGGUGUCGUUGAAGUUGAUGAAGACAAGCAACGGUGGAUAUAUGAAGAUGACCCUGCUGGGAUGCGAGCACUACGAGAGAGAGGGGAGCGAGAGAAACAGAAGCAGCAGAAGGAUAAGGAUAAGGGCGAAGGGGUCGACAGCCUUGAUAAUGUCAAACGCUAUGAAAUGGUCGCCAAGCGCAUAUGGUGA